AUGCCCAGCAACUCUGUGGACUUAAUCCUCACGUUGACCAUGUUAGGGAUUGUAUGUUUCGUGGGAACAGUGGGUAAUCUACUUGUUCUGGGUGUUUAUUUGCAAGAGUACCUGUUCCCGCAAAAACAUCGGAUGCAUCGUCAAAUGUUUAAAGCUCAUGCUUCCACAAACGGAGCUUUGUGUGUGGAAACGGUAAACGAGAAAACCACCAGUCGAGUAGUGAUUGAAGAAGACGGGACAUUUUUGCGAACCACGGGGACACCGACAUUUUUUAUUUUGGUUCUCGCUUGUGUGGAUCUACUGGUGUGUUGUUUUGUCGUGCCUCUGACGUUCUACAUGGAAUAUGUGGAAAUGAAACCCCCGAGUGAGGUGUGGUGUAAAAUCCACGCACUGGUCUGUGUCUGCAACACGAUGUUCAGUGCUCUACUAGUCAUCGCCAUCGCACUGGACCGUUAUCUGGCCAUCUGUCAUCCGCUGCAUCCGAUGCUCACUAUGAAACGGGCUAAGAUUCUGACCACAGCUCUGGCAAUAUUUUGUAUUAUUUACGGGUUUUUCGGUCUUGGUACAAUCCAACUCGCUCCAGAUGAUUCUGAUCCCCCGGAAUUGAUGUGCACAGAUACCGGGGAUUUGAUGAAUACGACUUUAGCACAAAAAUAUUUCUAUCUAAUUGUACAAAAAGGAAAUACGGCCAGUUUUGUUGUAUCUAUUCUGUUCGUUCUGAUCCUUUACUCGCUCAUAUUGAAGGUGGUGAUAAAAGCUCACCGCCGGAUGAGAAAAAUGCACGAACAUUCCUUGAACGCACAGAAACAGUCUGCCCAGCUGAGUUUGGAACAAUUCGGACCGGUUGCGGACGGAACAGAGUCUAGUUUCAGUGCUGAGGAUGGGCUUAGCGUGCUGCCCGAUUGCGGUACACAGCCCCGGCCCAGUCGAAUGCGAAUGCGAUUUUCCAUCAAGGGGUUAACCGAGAGUGGACUGUGGAGAGAAAUCCGUUCGGCAAGUGUUCUAUUUGUGGUGGCUGUGGUUUAUAUUAUUGUGUUCACCCCGUCACUGCUGAUCGCAAAUAAACUGGUAAACUUUACCCUGAUCGGAUAUAACUUUUUCUUUCUGAACAAUAUGUCCAACCCGUUGAUCUACUGUUUUAUGAGUCGCGCAUUUCGUUCAAAAUUGCGCAUCCUUCUGUUCGGUUUGUGUAUGCGUAGAAAAUCAACAUCGGAGGAUGUGUUCUUCAGUCACACAACCCGUAAACGACCAAGAAUGAUCAGAGGAAUGGCAACAAGUUCAACGCAGAAUGGUUCCCACGCAUGA